CUUUCAUAAGGGUCCCAAAGAACUCAGAGAUUUGGAAUAUUGGGUUACAGUGUGGCAAAAUGGCGACUGUCAUUCAGAAUCCUCUGAAAGCGAUCGGAGACCAGUUCUACAAGGAGGCCAUUGAGCACUGUCGCAGCUACAAUGCCCGUUUGUGUGCAGAUCGCAGCGUACGCAUGCCCUUCCUGGACUCUCAGACAGGUGUUGCUCAGAAUAAUUGUUACAUCUGGAUGGAGAAGCGUCACCGAGGACCAGGGUUGGCAGCCGGUCAGAUGUACACCUACCCAGCACGUUGCUGGAGAAAGAAGAGGCGAAUUCACCAGCCAAUUGACCCUCAGCUUCGCCUUUGUGAACUCCGACUCGAGGCUGAGCUGAUUGCCAAGAGAGAAACCCCGGCCACAGAGGCAACGGCACUGGAGGCACUGUUAAGGGGUGACGGGCUCCUCGACAAGAAGAACAGCAACUCUAAAGAGGAAGAGACAUUGCUGGAAAUCCAGAGGGUGCUUGAGGCAGAUGAAAAUGGGGAUGGUUUCCAUGACGAUGAGGAUUUUGAAGUGGACACACCAAAGAGGAAGCAUCGAAACAAAGGCAGGAGUCGAGGCUCUGGACGGAGGCGGACAGAUGCGGUGGCCAACGACGAUCAGGAUAAGCCCUACGUGUGUGACAAAAGAUACAAACAAAAGCAUAACUCAAAAACCACUGACGCAGUUUGCGGAAAGCGUUACAAAAACCGCCCUGGACUAAGCUACCACUACGCCCAUACUCACCUCGCUGAAGAGGAGGGUGAGGAGGAGCGAGAAACUGAAAUACCCCGGUCUCCUCCUGUCCACCCAGAGAACCACAAACCACAGAAAGGGCCUGACGGCAAAAUAAUUCCCAAUGACUACUGUGACUUCUGUCUGGGAGACUCAGGUUCUAACAGGAAGACAGGCCAAGCUGAGGAGCUGGUUUCCUGCUCCGACUGUGGCCGCUCUGGCCACCCUUCAUGCCUACAGUUCACAGACAACAUGAUGCAGGCUGUACAUACAUAUCGGUGGCAGUGUAUUGAGUGUAAAUCUUGCAGCCUGUGUGGCACCUCAGAGAACGAUGAUCAGCUUCUGUUCUGUGAUGACUGUGAUCGAGGUUAUCACAUGUUCUGCCUCAAGCCUCCCAUGACACAGCCACCUGAGGGAAGUUGGAGUUGUCAUCUGUGUCUUAAUCUUGUGAAGAAAAAGACAUCUAGCAUCGGAGAGCCAUAAACAUUGUGAAGAAGUUCCACAUAGAUGCACGUACACAUGCACAGCAGACUCCGGAUGGAAGUUAAUCUCUGUUUUCAUCUGUAGUUCUUCUCCUGUUAGUAGUGUGAUGUGGAAUAGCCUUCCUCUACCUCCGUGACAAACAAUUUCAACCAAGUCUACGCAAUUGGUGGUAGUCUACCUCGCAAAUAUCCUGCUCGCUAUGAAUCCAAAGGCAGGAUUGAUUGCUCGAAGUUCAGAUAGUCCAACCAUGUAGAAGUUUAGAUGAAAAAUACAGCCACUACAUUAUCCCGAUUGAAUGAAGUGAUAAUCAACAACCUAUACAAACAGAAGCGCUAAAGCUAUGAUUCUAAGCUAUUAUUUAUUUUACUGUACAAUGGACAAAGCCAUGAAAUGGCAAAUUCAAAAUAAAAAGCAAUAUUACGGUGACAGUUUAUUGGCUCAGUUUCUACUGUACAGCUUUAAUAAAAGUAAGCCACGAUUAUUUUCAAAAUCGCACCGACUAACUCCCAAAACCCUUUCAUACUAUAACAUAGACACACACCAGUGGUACAAACCUUUUGUAUUUACUUUGUUUUUCACUUAGAAUAGUUUUUAAUGUGUCUGUGGUACGUAUUUAAUGCAAAGACUUCUGUUUUGGCUUGCACCAAGAGACUGUUUAAUAUAAAGAGGAUUAUUUUGAAUAGAUGCCAAGUUUUCCAUCAUUCAGGUAGACGUUAGAAUCCAAGAAUAAUUGUAAAAGCAAUCUUUAAAUGGAAAAACAAAACUACUACGUAAUAGUUUUGGCAAUGUUCCUCCAUGUAUUUAAGCAACACAGAGAUUUAACUUUGUCAGGACUGGAAAAUAAUUUGUGUUAAAUGGUUCUUAUUUGUUCUUUUAUACUGUAUAUAUUUUUAGCAGACAAUUGUGUGAUUGCAGAAUGACAUGUUAGGCAUCAUAUUCAUGUAUUAUGCUUUUCCUUGUGCUUUAGACAACACCUUUUCCCUUUUGGUUACAUUUUGAAUGCAUCAGGCUGGUCAAUUUAUGUUACUCUGUGUUUGAAUGAUUUGGUUAUGCUCCAGGAACAUUCCAGUUUUGUUGGUCCUCGAACCUUCUUUUGUUACCUCCCUCUGUUUGUAGGGGGAAAAAAAGCACUUCAUACCUCUCUGAGUAAAACAUCUGUUCACUCCAUUUAGUAUAUCUUUGCUCUUGAUAUAUUAGCAUAUCUAUUUCCAUCUGGAUAUUCUCUCAUGCCAUUCCCACCUCCUUCAUCUGUAUAAAACAUUAGAGGCUCUAUUUUCAGAGCCAAUUCAUCAAGACACUCCAGAUUCUCCUAUCUGUUGAAUAUUUUAGCUAUGCAUUUUACCUAUUUCAAGGGACGUGUACAUUUUCUAUAUAUAUUAUUAUUAUUUUUUUUUUUUGCCAUAUCAUUUCUUUACCAAUGCAACAAGUGAGUAAAUGAUACAUCAACUACUAAAAUAUUAUUAGUGACUUUUGUUGUUUAGAGUUCAUUCUUUGCUCUUCGGUAAGCCUUUAGAAUACAGUAGGGUGAUUUUUGUUAAGGAAAAGAAAAGAAAAAAAGAGAUCAAUGUUUUUCUCUGACAGCAAUGAUACAGUGUUUGUAUUCAUCUAAAUCUUCCUUGGGAGCAGCAACAAGAAUCUUACAAGACUGAUAGACGUCUAGUCAUAAAGUAUAAAUACAGUUUAUAAUAAGGAUUUAAGUGUAAAAUGAACUGUCACCCAAAUGUAUCUGCCAUGGCUUGUUACAAUGGCAUUUCUCUUAUGACAUUACUUAUUGAGCACUUAAAGAAUCCUUUGCAGUCAGAUGAAUCAUUUUGUAAUUGUUCUUGUUUUGUUUAAUUUCUUAUUCCUUUUUCUUUUUUCCCUAUGUUAUCCAAAAUGUAAUAAAAAAAAAAAUGCAAAAUCAAGACAGUGCUAAAUUAACCAUUUAAACAAUGAAUUGGUAGUACCUCUUAUGCUUAACACUAGAGGGCCUUACUUACACAGUAAAUGAGAUGAGCCACUGUAGGACACCACCUUCCUCUAUAAUGCCCUUUAAAAGGACAUUUCACCCAAAAAUGAAAUCAUAUAUUCACCUCCAUGAC